CCAAUGACUUAUCAUCAGUAUCAACACGACGUUCGUACUGAACGGAGUUCCAAUUUCAAAUUAUUUAAAAAGUUUGUGAUAAAAAGUUUUAACUGAAAAGUUUUGGAGUGAAGUUAGCGUCAAGUUGGAUUUUUUAUACGAUUGUUUAUAUUAUUAGAUAAAAGAUGCCGUCACUAUCACUGAAGAUCAUUCUAGAAGAUGGAGCGGUCACGCGAACGAUGAAAUUCCCAAACGGCUGCACCGUCGCUGACGCUGUGCAGAUUGUUGAAGAAAAAGUUCUCACAGGGGGCGCUGGGAAAGACUAUGGACUCUUUCUCACCUCAGCAGAUGAUGAGCUCUCAGGGUGCUGGUUGGAAGAUCCUCGGCGAUUAGACUACUACCUGCUGAAGGAUGGAGAUAGCCUUCACUACCGAUGCAGAGUUAGGACCCUCAAGAUUAGAAUGUUGGAUGGGUCAGUGAAGACGAUGCAAGUGGACGAGAGCAAAUCCGUGGAGACGCUCAUGAUGAACGUGUGCUCCAAGCUGGGGAUCACCAACCACGAGGAGUAUGGGCUGUGUCGUGAAGAUGAGCCUAUGGAGGAUCAUCCAGGCACAGGCACCCUGACCUUGAAGAGGAAACACCAGCAUAAAGAGAAGGAUGCGGCCCUGCAGCAGCUCAGCAAGAAGCUCAAAACUGAUGACAAUGUGGAAUGGCUAGAACAGCACAAGACCCUCAGAGAGAUGGCAGUUGCCCCCACAGAAACACUCCUCCUAAAGAGACGGCUCUUCUACUCUGACCGAAAGGUGGACGCGAGAGACCCAGUGCAACUCAACUUACUGUACGUGCAAGCAAGAGAUGCUGUUUUGGAGGGAAGACAUCCUGUCACUGAAGAGCAAGCGGUGCAGUUCGCCGGGAUUCAGUGCCAGGUGCAGUAUGGCGACUUCCAGGAAGACAAACAUAAGCCUGGCUUCAUUGAAAAUCUCAGCGAGUUCCUACCCCAUACCUACGCCAACUCCUGGGGGAUGGAGAAGAAAGUCAUCAAAGAACAUAAGAAACACUCAGGCCUCACCCAGUUGGAGGCCAAACAUCUUUAUACUAAGACUGCGAGAGAUUUACCUACGUAUGGAGUCACUUUCUUCCUUGUUAAGGAAAUGCAAAAAGGCAAGAAGAAGCUGGUGCCCCGUCUGCUCGGCAUCAACGCCUCCUCAAUCCUGAGACUGGAUGAGACAACCAAGGAGGUACUCCAGGUCUGGCCUCUCACCCAGGUGAAGACAUACAAGGCCGGGAAAGGGGAAAUGUUCACUCUCAAUUUUGGAGAUUACAGUGAAAAAGAAUACUGCGUAAAGACAAACGACGCGUACCGUAUCAGAGAUAUUCUGCAGGGCUACAUCGACCUGAUUCGUAAAAGAAUGGAAGCGGCUUUCAAUAACUCGGGAACUGAAGGGGGCAUCAUACACCAAGCUACUGUGGAGAGUGGGAAAGGAUCCACGAUGGAGGUAGUGUCACACUCAGCACAAAAAACAGUGGAGACCUCAUUUGUUGGGCCCAGCAAAAUUAUUACAGCAGAACCAGGUUCUAAAGCUCAAGCGGUCGGUGCACAGAUUUUCACUGCACAUUCACUGAUCGUGAAGAACAAACAGACAAACGAACAGACUGCUAAGCUUACCGGUGUAACUAUGAGAGGAGAGAUGUCUAUCGACACGGGAAGGAAACUGAACGAUCUAAAUGCAAACGCUGUCAAGAUUGUGACUCUUCUCAACGAUCCAAAUCAGGGCAACAUAGAAGCCGCAAAGCGAAUAGUAGAAGACAUACUUAGAGACUAUCCUACAGUAGUUGCAGGUGUAAAACACUGCAUAGACCAUCAAACUGACGAAGCUGCCAAAAAGAAACUCACGUUCGAGCUGAACGAAUUAAGUGACAAUGUGAACCAACUGAACGGCUUUAUGAACCCUCAGGAUGCUCAAGAGGCUGCAAUGAGAAUAGCUGAUCUCACAACCCAGAUGUACUUCGCUCUUGAUAGCAAUGUGAAGAAACGUAGUAUGUUGGUCAGGAAUUCUCGACAGAGCUUCAUAGAAGAUGAGAAGACCCAGGCGACGUUACAGCGAGCCUCAUUUAUCAACUGCGUGGGUGCAGCUAACCAUGCUAUCGAUGACGCAAGAGACGCCUUGACACAGAAAUAUGACGGGCCAGCGCUAAGUCCUAAAGAAGUGGAAGACCUAGAACGCUCAGCGCGCGACCGGCUGGCUAGACUCAAUGCUGCCAUAGCCAGACUUACUGCAGCACAUUCUGACCCAAAGAAUAUAGAUUAUGCAGCCGCUGUCAGUGCAAUGAACACUAUCAAAGAACUGGUACCGAAACUAGCUAAAGAUGCUCAGUUACUUGCGUCCGUUAAUGAUGGUAAGGACAGAAGUGGUCUGCUUAAAGAAAUGCAAGAGUUAUUAGAUGCUACAGCAAUGAUAGCUCAGAAUGUUGGCUGUGAUGAUUUACAGAAAAUGCACGAUGUAGCCGACAAUUUUGCUAAGAAAUCACGUAGAUUGCAAUUUAUUUUUGGACAUGGAAAUGCAAGAGACAAGGAGAAUGUGAUUAAAGAUUUAUCCAAAGAGAUAGAUGAUAAAACCCGGCUGCUGGUAGCUUCUUUGAACGAUCUCGCUGGAGAGGUCAAUGACCCCAUGGCAGCGAAGGUCAUUAACGCUGCCCAUAAGUGUGUCAACGCUGUUGCCGCCUUAACAUCUUGCGCUGAGCUGACAGCUUCAUCGAUCUACGAGCCAUACUGCCGAAGCGCUCUAUUAGCAACCCUUGAAGACCUGUCAUCAUCAGAGAAACUUCUUGAUUCUUCCUACAAAUCCUUACUUGAUCAGCCUGAGGGCCGUAAGCGGGCAGAUGCCAUAAGGAAUCAGAAUGCUGAUCUCAGGAAGGCUUUGGAUAAACUUAGGAGCCAGCUAGAUGAAAACAAUCUCGAAAAUAAGAGAAGAGAUCUUCAUGUAGCUGUUUCUCAAGCUCAGGAUACUUUAAAACAGCCUUUAACGUCAAAGGCUCUGACACCAGCCGAAGAGAAGCAGCUUAAAGAAUCACUGGCCAAGAAACUUGCUGAACUCAACGCCGCCAUUGCUGGUCUGAUAAACUCUACAUAUGCACGUGAUCCAUCGAACAUUGACCAUGGUGAGGCUGAAUUAUCCAUGGAAGUCAUUCAGCGGUUACUACCAGAAGUUGUCGAAGACGUAAGAGCGUUGAACAGCGGUAAGAGUCCCGCCGAAACCCGUGCUUUGAUGGAUGACCUGAAAGCUCUGUGCGUUGCUACCAACGCACUUGCCGACGGUCACAAUUGCAAGAAUCCUGGGGUACUGAAAACCAUUGCGGACCAGUAUGCCAAAUCAGCUUCCAGACUAGCUUUUGUAUGCACACCACCUACUUCAGCGCAAAAGAAUCAAGAGCAUGUAGUAGACAAGGCUAAGGAUGUGCUAGACCGCUCUACAAUGAUGGUGGAGGCAGUAGACAAACUGGUGAAGAGCCACCCUGAUGACUUCCGGAACAGGGUUGUGGAUGAGAAGGCACAACAGGUGGAAAGGGCAGCAAGUGCAUUGCUUGGGACUGCUCAGGUGACAGCGUCAACCCUGAACACAUCACAUUGUCGAGCAGCACUCCAUCAAGCUGCUGCAGAUCUGUCAAGAGCUAUAUCCCAGCUGGACACAGCUACACAUGAAUUAGUUGGAGCAGACCUUUUGGGACAGCAAAGGAAGAACUUCGAUGAGGCAGUGAGGGAGCUGAUGGCUGCUAUCAGUGGAUUAGAAGAGGAUUCGAAGCAACUUAACAGAACAAUGUCUGCAGAGAAAGAGAAAAAUAGAUUGAAGUUCGUCGCCUCACGCUUGGCGGCGAAAUCUGCUCUCGACGGUGCAGUUGAAGAAUUAAAUAAGACUGGAAAGGUUGCUCCUCUGGCCCCACCUCAAGCGGCUCUGCUUCAAGCCAGGCUCGCUGACAAACUAGCCACUCUCAAUGCUGCUAUUGCUACACUCCUCACCGCCACUAGAGAUCCUGAAAAUCCAGAUUACGUGUUAGCAGAAUCGGCCACCGCUACUAUACAGGAGCUCGUACCAGACAUUGUUAAAGAUGCGAAGACUCUACCCGCUGGGAAAGACCAAUCAGCUCGCGCCAAUAUGCUUGAGCUAUUGCGAGAGCUCUGUGAAGCCACUAAAACAAUCAGUGGCGGGGACAAUGGCGGAAAAGAAGAGGAACUACAAGAUGCCGUCGAAAAGUACACCAAAGCCUCAGGAAAACUGGUGUAUACUUUCAAUCCUCGUGCAAACGCCGCAAAGGAAGAUCAGAUCAUUGACUUGACAAAAUCCACAUGUCAGAAGACGUCAGAACUCCUAGAGAAGGUUUACGAUCUGGCUCAGAAUAUUGAAGGUCAGGUGGCGGCAGAUUUGGACGAUCAAGGCUCUAGGCUGGCUGAUGCUGCACAGAAUCUGCUGACGACUGCUGAGAUAACCGCACCAUCCAUAUCCUCUCCUCUCUGCCAAUCCUCACUCCUAACCUCCGUCUCUGCGUUAUCCUCAUCAGUAGACCACCUGUUCUCGUCUCCUGUGCUGACGUUACCCGAGCAUGCUGCCAGGCGACAACAGCUGCAGAUGGCCAGGGCUAAAGUAGAUCAGGAGAUUGAGAAGUUGAAGGAGGCAUUGAAGGAUGAGAGAGUAUUGGAUGCUGCAGCUAUUGAAAAGGCAAAGAAGGAGAAACUACGUUUCAUCGCAUCAAUGGCAUCAGCAGAAGUGGCAAUCCAAAACGCUGAAAAAGAAAUCACUGAGCCAUACGGAAAGCCUUUGCCAGCUUCAGAAGCAGCAGCUCUCCAGGAUUCUCUGUCAAAUAGACUAGCAUCUCUAAACGCUGCUAUCAAUUCUCUUGUAGUAGCCACAAGUGAUCUCAACAAUCCAGAUUAUCAAGAAGCUGAAACUGCCUCAAAAACCAUUCGAGAAUUGAUACCGGAUAUUGUGAAAGAUUCUAAGAAUCUUAGCAGUACAAUGGAUCAACAGGCAAGGAAAGACUUGCUGGAACAAAUCAAGGCGCUUUGCGAGGCAUCACGCUUGCUAGGAGCGAGCUCAAAAUCAGACCAAUUGAGUCCCGAGGAGCUGAACAAAGCUGCAACACAGUACUCCUUGGCUUCUGGGAAGCUUAACUUCGUUUUCAAUCCUCACGUGGACCAGAAGAAAACACACCAGAUUAUCGACACUUGCAAGGCGGCAUGCAUCAAGACAUCUGAAAUGCUGCUGAAUGUCCAUGAGCUAGCCAAACAGGCUGGAGAAGAUGGCCCCGCUUUAGACACUAAGGGUUCGCAUGUUUCUGACGCGGCUCGCUCUCUGCUCACCACUGCACAGCUCACAGCGCACUCUGUCAACUCCCCCCGCUGCCAAACCGCGCUUCUCGAAUCAUCAGACCGACUUACAUCCUCCAUCGAAGACCUUCAAACCAUAUGGACGCCCGUCGUCAAAGCUCCGAAGUUCAAGGCCAUUGGGGAAGAACUAGCCAAGGAGAAACAGGCCGUCGAUGGAGAGAUAGCAACACUUAGGAAAUUGGUUAAAGAAGGAGCAGGAAUAAAGGGCAAGAAACCACCAGUUCCGGCCAGAACUGAUUCUGAAAAGACAGGCAAGAAACCCGAGGCGCGAGUGAUUGGUGCUACCAAGGAGUUCCUAGACAGACUUCGACUAGAGGGCAGUAUGGAGAAAGAAAGCUGCGGUGAAGCAGUGAAGUCACCGGUGUCGGCAACGCAUCCUCAAACUGAUGAGGAAAAACGAGCUAAGCUCCAGUUCGGCAAAUGCAUCGACGAUGCACGGAAAAAUAUUGCCUCUACUGAACAGAUAUUGCAAUCGGCCUUCGUUGAUGACGGGAAAGACCGUGCACCUCUCGACGACGCUCACAUCCAGGCCCUCAACAAACAGAUGGAACACAAGGUGGCGAGAGCCAACGCUGCUACCGCUCAUUUGCUGGCUUGCCGAAGUGGAGACAAUCCGGAUUACAAACUUGGAACGAAAUGUGUUACUGCAAUUUCUGACCUCAUGCCAACCAUUGCUGCAGAUGCCAUAAGGCUCGCAGACCAGAAAGAUCCAGUAGGGAGAAAGCUCUUCCUUGGAGAUACGAUGGGUCUCUGCACCGCUUCGAAGAAUCUUUGCGACACAGCUAAAACCGAUAGAAAGAAACUAAAAGAUGCCGCCGUUGAAUUCGGUAAUCAUUCAUCGAAGUUACUAUACGCAAUCAGCACCGACAUUGAUCCAAGCCAGGAGAAAGAGAUUCUGUUACGAGUGAAAUCGGCCGGUGACGUGGCUUGCCGCGUGGCGGAACAUUCAGGUGAAGCCCCGACGGCAGGACGCUGCGCGAGCCAGGCUACUCUGCUGAUGUACACUGCCAAGCUCGUAGCCCCCUCAAUCCAAGACCCAGAAUGUCAGGACGCGCUCACCACAGCCUCCAAAGACCUGACUGACCACCUGAAGACCAUCCCCUCAACCACUCCUAAGCUGACACAGGAGAUCAUGGAGCUGGAGAAGAUUCUAGAAGCCUUGAGGAGUGACGUGGCAAGUGGAAACCUGGUGAAGAAGAAGGAGGAGAAACUGGUGAUUGAAGAUACGCCAUUGAGGAAGCUGACUGCGCAGAUUAUUGAGGAUUGUAAGCAAAACGCCGAGUGCACGUCCAACCCCGCAGCAGAGCGGAAGGCCAUGGCUGACUUCGCUAACAAACUCUCUGACGGUCUCAGGAUCAUGGAUGUGGCCAAUGCCAGGUGUAAGAAGGAACCUCAUGAUCUAAGAAGACGCGAGGAGUUAGAAGACGCAGUGUUAAACUUGCAGCAUCUGGUGCUGCAAUGCCGACCACGAGGCGGUGCUGUUAACGAAGCGCAGAGCAAUAUCGUCAACCUUUCGGACUUCCUAACCGACGUGUCCACAAACGCCACUCGCCUCCAACGCGCCGCUCACGCAGCAGAAAACAGCGCCGGUCCGCACUCACGCGCAGCGGGGGCCGUGCGCGCGCAGUGCCAAGAGUUAUGUGACGCAGCUGCUAAGGCUACUCCUAAAGAGCUUGAUGCACCUAUGGUUGACGUAGACCAUGCUGCUAAGGAAUGUGUCAGCAGAGUCCAAAAGAUCAACACAACGAUUGAAUGCUGUCCCGAAGGCGCUGGCAAAACUAACCUCCAGAAAGAAGCGCGCCCACUCAACGAGAGCUGUACAUUGCUUCAAUACGCAUCUCAAUCGGCGUUGGCAACGGCACAAUGUGCGGCGCUGGAUGAAGCGCUCAACGAUCUCACAGAUCUGGAGAACAGGAUAGACAAAAUGCUGCAACCUAGGCAAGGAGAGAAAUUUACAGUGCAGACUGUCCCCUCACCUUCUCUGCUAGCGUCUCGCGCCCGUCUCGCUACAGCAGCUGCAGGCGUGAACCGUGAUGCUCAAGAGCUUGCACCAGCUUUCACCCGUUACGUUGCUAAUAUGAGGGCACAUGUUGAUGUUGCUGAUGAGCAGAAGAGGAGGAGGUUGGCUGAUCACCUCAAGAAGCUCCAAGAUCGGUUGAAACUCCUAACUUUGGAAACAGGAAGACAGGUGGUAACGUGGAGACCUGCCAACGAGGGUGAUGUUAUCGCCAUCACUGACGACAUUCUCAAGGAAUUAGAUAGCGCUGAGGAAGUAAUCGGAUUAAAAACCGAUAAGAACAACAACAUAGCUUACGAAGACUUAAAGAAACUACUUCUGCCAGUAGAAACUUACAGGAUGGAAGGAGAUAAGAAGAAACUAGAAGCAAAACUAGAACCCUACGCCACAAAGCUCAACUCUAUGGCCGAGACUUUAACGCUCAGUAUCGGCAAGCCAGGGUCCCUCGCUCGCACUGCCCACGUUACUGCGGAAUCUGCAGUCCAACUGACAGCGUUGGCUAAGGCCUUGAAGAGCGACGAGGACCCGACGAGGAACAGCAAAAUAGACGAAGUGUCUCAAGAGUUAUGCUUCGUAACUUACAACCUACUGAAAACUGCAGAGACGGCGAACAAUGAGCCAAGCACUUUCGAAUCUCGAAGAAGGAUGUUAGAUGCAUGCCGAUCGCUAAGUGAUGCCAUCAACAAAUUGGUAAGAGCCUCGUCAAGCGGAGACAAGUUACAACGCGAGUGCAACGAGAUGAACAGGGCUCUUCAACUGCGCCAGAGCACAAUACAAGCCCGGCCCACAUGCGCGUUGCCGUACGCCGAAUGCGUAUCUGCCUUGCAGACACAACAUGAAGCUAUUAAGAACUUAAAGAGUGAGGAGCCAGUAUCCAGGGAAGAAUUCAGUACCUCCCUCGACUAUUUGGCGUCGGCUGUCAACAACAACGUGGAUUAUGCCGAGCACUGCGCUUACUUGUUGUCAGUAUCGGAGCAGCAUCCAGAGUUAUCCAAGGAUGGUAUGGUGGACACAGAGCGGAUUCAGAAGCUGAUAGCAGCUCUGCAAGACUCCUGCUUCAGGACCACCAGACCGGGCAUCGUGCACCAGGCAAAAGAGGAAUCAUCUCUUCUCUCCAAGCAGCUCUCCGACCUCAAACAAGUUAUACAGGACAGUUCAUCAAAAAUCAAAGACCAGGGAGUCAAGCAGCGUCUCCUGGAAGCUAGCAGUAAGGUGGAAGCAACUGGAACCAAGCUAAAGGGAGAGUUGAACAAGGCUGAUGUUUCUGUGGAAACUCUGACACCUACAGCGUUUGCGACGAUCGAGGCGCUAUCCGCUCUGCGCAGUGUCACUGAACACCCUGCGCUCACGCCGGUGGCGGCACCAUCGCCUGCUGCACAGAAACGGGCCGAUGAAGUCAUACAACAGUCCAAGGAGCUCCUAACACGGGCGUCAGGUCUGAUGAGAGCGAUCAAGACUUCAGAAAGCCAGCAAGCCAUGACAUGGGUGAUGUUCAACACCUACACAAAGGGAGUCAUCGAGAUUUCUGAGAAAUUGGUCACCUGCGCCAAGGAAAAUGGACAACAAGCAGGCUUGAUAGAAGGAGCUAUAGAAGAAGAUGAAGGGGACAUGACAGCAAUGAGCUACGUUCAAACGCAGGUCCUCAUCGCGACCAAAUGGCUCCAGAAACCGUCGUUCAAAGCUCAGAUUAAGACUGACGGAGAACAGGCUACGAGAAACGUCAUCGAUAUUGGGAAAAAGGUGAUGGAGCACCAAAAAGAAGCAGACAGAGAGGAGAUGAAGCACUUAAUAGAGGAAUGCGAACAACUUUUGCAGCAAUGCAGUGCACACUACACUAUGGAGACCGGCAGUGUUCUGAUGGACCGUCUGAAAGACCUGGCCAAGGCAGUGGACCGGAGCAUCGUGACCAUGGUUGUGGAAGACCUGUUAGAAGAUGAGGAACCACUGGCUGACAUGGAUAUCAUGAUUGAUGCUGAGAGAGACGAAGCAAAGCGCAAGUUCAUUCUAGAGCGAAAGAUAGCUGAUCUCCUUGCACACCUGGGCCGAGUGACAAAGACAGCACGAGUCCUCGCCGACGUGCAAGGCGGUGAUGGUACGGAGUUGCGUCAGUGCACGAACCAGACUGAAUUGUUCGCUCCGAUGCUGGUGAAAGCUGCUGAAAAGAGAGUCAUGCAUCCUACAGAGACGGCGGUUGUUGAAGAAUACAGGACACAGCUGGCGCAGUAUUCGCAGUCGCUGUCCAAGGUUCGAGACCUGUGCGAUCGCGCCGUGGACCCUAUGCAGUUUGUGCAAACUGCCGAGGAAACAAUGCAGCGCAUGAAAGAAGAGUCUACUGCUCACCAGAACGACCUGCAAAAGUGUUCAAGCACCUCUACAGCUAUCAGAAAGCUAGCUCACCGUGUGAUCAACGUCAGCAUGUCAUCACAGAACGCACAGCGCGACCCAGAACUGAUGAGGGCUCUUGCGGCAGCUCAGCAGAAACUCAAAGAAGCUGAGCCAGCGAAGACUUUGCGAGCUAGCAAGCUGCCUGAUUGGAGGGACAAUAUCACUGAGAUUCUGCGUGCCACAGGGGAGGUGGAAUCGGUACUCGGCGGAGAGAUGAUCUUCCAGAAACAGCGUGAAACUGAUCAACCUAUAUACAACGCGGCCCUCAACCUUCACGCGGCGGUGCGCGAAUGGUCCGCUCGGGACAACGAGAUUGUCGCCGUGGCGAAACGGAUGGCAGUUCUCAUGGCCAAACUGUCGGACCAUAUGCAUGACGAAUUGGGUCAGAAUGCUCGUUGGAUGGAAGACUCGGACAGGAAACGCGACGUGAUAUCAACGUCUAAGGCGAUAGUCGCCGCUUCGCACGAAGUAGCGCGGUUGGCGAGGAAACUGGCCCUCGAAUGCACGGAUAUGAGGAUAAGAACGGUUAGUACUUUAGUGCUAAUGAUACUUAAAUACUAGUUAUACGAGUAACAGGCAACAGCGGGCCUAGCCGAAGUAUCAAUCUGAUACUACAUGGCGAUCACAUCGAAACGCAUUGUGGCUCUGUCGCGCUACGAAACGCAUACGUAACUACAUAGAUAAAUGAUUGUGCCUUCAGCUAGGCCGGUAGUGCAGCACAACGCCGCACUGGCAGGGUCGCCAUGUGAUGUGAGACGUACAUUACAGACAAUUAUAACAGAAUAAGAAUUAUAGCAGUUUUAAAGGUGGGGUCCGAGUAUUUCGGGGACUAAGACCACUAAGUACAACCACUAAGUG